UCCUCGAAAUGUGACUGUUGAUGUGAAUGGGACACACUCUUUUUCUGAUCUCAGAUAAUCACGCAUACAUUCAUCAUUCCCUUCUUCUUCUUCUUAAUUCAAACAACUUCACCUCCCUCCCUCUCUCUCAAAUUCCCCAUAAUGCCCCCACCCUCACUUCCUGAUUCACCCUCUCUCACCUUAAUCCACCUCGUCCAGAUCUUGUUUCCUCCCAAUCUUUGAUUCCAAUGAAAUAAUCAAUCUCUUUUCCUUUCUUGUUCAUAUAUAAUUUUCUAUUUUUUUAUAUAAUUCUCGUUUUAGCACUAAAAAAUGGAGAUUUCAAGUGGAGGUUGUUCUCCAAGGGGGAUUUCGAAGAAAGAGGGAUCUGAGGAAACAACCAAUUUGCAGCUUCAGGAACUCCCUCAUCGUGUCCAUGAGCAUGUUGAUUUCAAUUUGAAUAGCCAAGUCCAAUCAAUGAAUGCAUUGGAUAUCCUCAGAGAAACCGUGAGGAUCCUCAGGUUCAAUUCUUGGGGUUUCAUGGCAAUCACUGUUGUUCUAAUUUGCCCUGUUUCUGCAGUUAUACUUUCAAAUGUGUUAGUUGAUGAGUCCAUUGUCAAGAGCCUUAGCAUUAGGCUUAUGCUUGUUGCAAAAACCAGUGGCCUCCCAUUGAGGCCUUUAAUCAAACAGUCUUGCCACCGUUUCGCCGAGAUGGCGAUUUCUUCAGCUGUUAGCUUCCCCUUAUAUCCCACAUUGGUGUUGUGUUCUAAAGCUGCUGUGGUGUACUCUGUAGAUUGUACUUACUCCAGGAAGAAGUGUGAUGCUUCAAAAUUUUGUAUGAUCAUUGCUAAGUUCUGGAGGAAGAUCGUUUCCACUUACAUGUGGUCUUGUACAGUUAUAGUUGGUUGCAUCACAUUGUUCUGUGUUUUCCUUGUUGCAUUCUGUUCCGCAUUGUCUGUUCUUGGAUUCUCGCCCGAUGUUAUGGUGUAUGCUGCUGUGAUGGUGGGGCUUGUUUUCUCUGUUGUAUUUGCCAAUGCCAUUAUAAUUUGUGACAUUGCAAUUGUUAUAUCUGUGUUGGAGGAUGUUUCGGGUGCGCAGGCAAUGAUGCGGUCAAAUAUGUUGAUUAAGGGACAAACUCAGGUUGGUCUGCUCAUAUUUCUCGGAUCGACAAUGGGAAUGGCUUUUGUGGAAGGAUUGUUUGAGCAUAGGGUGAAGACACUGAGCUAUGGUGAUGGAUCUUCAAGAUUGUGGGAAGGGCCACUCUUGGUGGUGAUGUACUCGUUCAUGGUGCUUAUAGAUUCCAUGAUGAGUGUAGUUUUCUACUUCAGUUGUAGAUCGUGUCGCAUGGAGGCUGCAGAUGGGGAAAGCAGCUCAAUUUUAGAAAUGGCCAUGUCUGCUGAAACAAUGGCCAUUCAAUGACAUUGUUGUUGUGAUUUUGAUAUACCAUACCAAUUGAAUUAAUAAGAUGAAGAGGGAAGGUGCAAGAGAUUGUUCCCAGCAGGUUAUGUUGCCAUUGAGGAACCUUGCAGCAAUACUUCUUCAGAACAUUGCAUAUAGGAGCUUAUAGAGUGUAUUACAUCAGAUGGCGUUCAACUUCACGAGAUAGCUUAUUUCAGAACUUGGUAAUGGCUUCUUUUAGUGAUUUUACCAACAUGGAGAGGCUUAAAACAGGGUACCCAAUGUUUUGUUUUCUGUAAUGUCAAUGGAAAAGUUAAUACUUUUGUAGAAAAAAGAAAUGAAGAAAUUUUUUUCAAAAUGAGCACAAGCAUUCAAUUUAUUGUUUCUAGGUGAUACAUAGUUACUUCCAAUCUUUGAACACUGUAUAGGGUAGCAUUUGGAAAUGUUUUUGGCGAAUUGAUCUUCAAUCUAAAAAAAUUAAUGAACUAUAGUUGAUUUAUGUAGACUAAUACAUUCAUCACUGGUAGUGGUUUAUAUUACUUUUUUU